AUGAGCAAAGAAAACGGAAAAGUUACAGAAGUAAUACCAAAAUUAACACGUUCUUCUUCUUUUACUCACACGCACCCAAAAGCACUUAAACCUUUUGACUCUGGAGAAAUUAAAAUUUUAUUGUUAGAAAACAUUAGUAAAACUGCAGUAGGAAUUCUGACCAAAGAAGGAUAUCAGGUUGAAUCACAUUCAAAAGCUCUUUCAGAAGAUGCUUUAAUAGAAAAAAUACGUGAUGUUCAUGCGAUUGGAAUUCGGUCUAAAACUAAACUUACACGUAAAGUGCUUCAAGAAGCUAAAAAACUUUUAGUAAUUGGAUGCUUUUGUAUCGGAACAAAUCAAGUAGAUCUAGAGUUUGCAGCAAGGCAAGGUAUUGCAGUAUUUAAUUCGCCAUUCAGUAAUAGUAGGAGUGUUGCUGAAUUGGUGAUUGCAGAGAUAGUUUGUUUAUCAAGACAACUGGGAGAUCGUAACAUUGAGAUGCACCAAAAUAAUUGGAAUAAAGUAUCUUCUAAUUGUUAUGAGAUACGUGGGAAAACACUUGGAAUCGUCGGUUGUGGUCAUAUUGGUUCUCAGUUAUCUGUUCUUGCCGAAGCAAUGGGAAUGAAAGUAUAUUUUCAUGAUGUCAUUCAGAUCAUGCCAUUGGGUACAGCAAAACAAGUUAAUACAUUAUACGAGCUUUUGGAAUAUUCCGAUUUUGUUAGUUUACAUGUUCCUGAAACAGAAGAAACAAAAAGCAUGUUUGGUGAAGAAGAAUUUCAAAGAAUGAAGAAAGGAAGUUAUUUAAUAAAUGCAUCUCGUGGCACUGUUGUAAACAUUCCAAGUUUAAUUAAAGCUUUGAAGAAUGGUCAUCUUUCUGGUGCAGCGAUUGAUGUCUAUCCACGUGAACCUUCUUCAAAUGGUCCAAACUUUAAUAAUGAAUUAAGUAGUUGGACUAAAGAUUUGCUUGAUUGUAAAAAUUUGAUCUUGACUCCACAUAUUGGUGGUUCUACUGAGGAAGCACAACAUAUGAUUGGGGUUGAAGUAGCAAAUGCGCUUUAUAAGUAUAUUAAUUAUGGUAUUUCUAUAGGGGCUGUUAAUAUCCCAGAGAUUGAUCUUCGUGCUAUUGAUAUCACAGAGAAAAAUUCAAUCCGUGUACUUUUUGUUCAUCAUAAUGUUCCUGGUGUUCUUAAGGAAAUAAAUGAUAUUCUUUCUGAUCACAACGUUGAAAAACAAUAUUCAGACUCUAGAGGUGAAAUAGCCUAUUUAAUGGCAGAUAUCUCUCAAGUUGAUGAAAGUGAUAUUAGGAAAAUAUAUGAGAGUAGAUAA